AAUCUCUAUUUCGAGAGUUUUAUUAUUUGUUUGCAUGAACUCCUCCCAAGUCCAAAUCCACUCUCAAGUCUCAAAAUCCCCCAAACCCAACCUUUCUUUCUCUUCAAAGAUUGCAACUUUCCUUCACUUUCCCACUCAAAAUCUUCAUUUUCCCCAGCAAAAUAAUAGAAGAAAUAAAAAUGAGAUGGGAAAAGGUCCCGCUUUAUCAACAAGAAGUUGGAGGUUUCGGAGAAGCAUGUUCAGGGCCAGGCAAAAGAUGGGGACAUACAUGUAAUUCUAUUAAAGGAGGCAGAUUUCUCUAUGUUUUUGGUGGUUAUGGCCAGGAUAACUGCCAAACCAAUCGAGUUCAUGUCUUUGACGCUGCUAAGCAAACAUGGAGCCAACCUGUAAUGAAGGGCACACCGCCUUCUGCAAGAGACAGCCAUAGUUGUACCACUAUUGGUGACAAUCUAUUUGUUUUUGGUGGUACUGAUGGUGUGAAACCUCUCAAGGAUCUACAUAUAUUAGAAACCUGCACAAACACAUGGAUUUGUCCAAGUGUAAGAGGUGAAGGGCCAGAGGAACGUGAGGGUCACGGUGCAGCUGUUGUUGGCAAACGACUCUUCAUAUUUGGUGGCUGUGGGAAAUCUUCUGAUAACAAUGAUGAAGUAUAUUACAACAAUCUUUAUAUUUUAAAUACAGAGACCUUUGUCUGGAAACUUGCGGCAAUAUCAGGAAACCCCCCAUCUGCCCGCGAUAGCCAUACUUGCUCAUCUUGGAAGAAUAAAAUUAUUGUAAUUGGCGGCGAAGAUCCGCAUGAUUACUAUUUGUCUGAUGUCCAUAUCUUUGAUGCAGAUACUCUUGCAUGGAAAGAGUUGAAUACCUUAGGCCAGAUAUUGCCACCCCGUGCUGGUCACUCCUCUGUUGCUUUCGGCAAGAACUUAUUUGUUUUUGGGGGAUUUUCUGAUGCUCAAAAUCUUUAUGAUGAUCUCUACAUGCUUGAUGUUGAAACUGGCUUGUGGACCAAGGUGAUUACUACGGGUGAUGGCCCUUCAGCUAGAUUUUCUGUUUCCGGGGAUUGUUUGGAUCCCCUAAAGAGCGGUGUUCUUAUAUUCAUUGGUGGCUGCAAUAAGACUCUCGAGGCACUGGAUGACAUGUAUUACUUAUACACAGGACUUGUUAUAAAGGAUGAAAGGAAGUUAGAGAAAUUAUCCUUGAGAAAGCAGUUGAAGUUAAAGUGCCAACAAGAAAAUCUUAGUAAUCUUGUACGUGAUAAAGCUUUUGUUAGUAUUGAAGCUGACAAUGAUCUGCACCACCAACCCAUAUCUUUGUUUAGCUGUGGCCAAGCAAGUAGAGAUAGUUUUCCAUCAAACGAAGUUCUACUUCAGGGGAAGAAGAUAUUUCACGCUAAUGUUACAGAGAGCUUCCCGCAUGGAUAUACCAUCGAGACUAUUAUAGAUGGGACGCAACUUCGAGGAAUACUGUUUUCAAACAAACCCAACUCUGUCGGUGUAGCCAAUUAUAAUCUCUGUAGAAAAAGGACUUCUUUGGAAAGUGGGGAUUCUGUAUUUGGUGAUUGCAAUAGCAAUAGUAAAUCAAAAUCUUCAAGAAGCAUGAUGCAGGAUUAUGGAGAUUGUAAGCAAGGUGAUGUUCAUGAGAAGGAUUGUUCAUUGCAUGAGGCGGAAGCUCCUGCUCCGAGUUCAAGGAAUCCUGCAUCUUAUGAUCUAUCAAUCUGCAAGGACCUUGCAAAGCAAGAAUCAUCCGUAGCUCAUCUCAACUUAACUGAUGAUAACGCCAACGAUACACCAAACUCUGGCAGUGAAGUUCUGAAAUGCAUUGGAUCUGUGGGGACAGAUUUCUCCGUUGCCUUAUCUCCAAGAAAGAUGAGUAGAGAGCAAACACCUUGGAGUGCAACAAACCCAAAAUAUCAUUACAAACAGUGAAUUAAUCUUUAGACACCCCCCUCUGGAAGCCAUAUAUGCAUUUAUUGCCUCAACUUGGCCACAGAUAUGCAUAUGGCUCAAUCUAUUCAGGUUGCAUACUAACUGGUGAUCAGUGGCCCAUUAAUUCCCUUCUGUUAUGCUUUGUAACAAGGAAUACCCCCGUUUUAUACGAAUUCUUACAUGCAUGAAACUAGUUUUGUUUAGAAGUGUUAAUAGGAGGAUGAUUUACUGGCUUAAAACCGAGCUUGUUUUGCAACGAGGAAAAGUAAGGUUGCAGAGGAAGACUGCAUUACACCACCCGCGGAUUGUUUUUGGAUUUAGUUAUGAAGAAAUCUUGCUGUUCUGUUUGCAAUGUACGGAGCAGAGAAUGUUGGCAGUAUUUUGAUGUAUACAUUGCAAAGCCUUGGGGAAAAUUUUGACACAUUUUUGAGAAUUUUCAACAGCGCAUCAUGAAGAAUAUCAAGUUUAAGCAUGGAUAUUUUGAAGUCUUUUGAUGUGAUUAAAUUUUUUUUUUUAUUUUCGAAGGACGUUUACAUUAAUAUCAUCCCCAUUUAUUCCAUUUCAUAUUAAGAUAUUAAAAAUUCACAAGUUAUUGGAUGUUUGUUUAAGAGAAAACUGGUCAUUAUUUUAUAUACAAGAUAGAGAAAUCACAUAUACAAAUGAGUGAGGAACUUGUUUUUAGUACAAAAUUGUUGUAAUUAAAUUGUUCAUGUUAUUUCAUUUGUGUGGAAGCUUUUAAGUGGGAAAA